GCAGCAGCGGCGGCGGCGAGAGGCGGCGCGGCGACCUGGGUGUCUUUCAGCGGUGUCUGUUUUGGGCGGCGAGAGCGGCUGGAAGGGAGGCAGGGCAGCGGCAGGAGGCAGGAGCGCGGCGAGCGCAGCGGGCAGAGAAUGGCGGUGAGGCGGCGGCAGAGGCGCGGGCCGGGCGGCGGGCGAGCGCUGCUGGCCGCGCUGCUGCUGUGCGUGUGGUGCCGGGCGGCGGCCGAGCGGCUCCGCUACGCCAUCCCCGAGGAGCUGGCCAGAGGCUCGCUCGUGGGGCCGCUGGCGCGGGACCUGGGGCUCAGCGCGGACCAGCUGCCGGCGCGCAAGCUGCAGGUGGCGUCUGCCGGCAAGAAGCAGCUGAAAUACUUCAUGGUGAAUGAGGAGAACGGGAACCUGUACGUGAACGAGAGGCUGGACCGGGAGGAGAUGUGCGGCGCGUCGGUGACCUGCUCUGCUAGCUUCGAGGUGCUGGUUCACAACCCACUGAACAUUUUCCAAGUACGGGUGGACAUCGAGGACGUGAAUGACAACUCGCCAGUUUUCAGCAAGGCUGCUCUGGACCUCGAGAUUGGUGAAUGGAUUCCUCCCGGCGCUCAUUUUCCACUGGAGAUGGCCCAUGAUGCAGACGUGGGCAGCAACUCGCUGCUGACUUACCAGCUCACCAGCAACCCGUCCUUCUCUCUGGUCAGUAGGAAGAGCCGGGAGGGAAGCAAGCAGCCGGAAUUAGUACUGGAGAGAGCGUUGGACCGGAAGGAAAGCUCCUUUGAGCUGGUGCUGACGGCCGUGGACGGCGGGGAACCUGCGAGGUCGGGACUGUUGAUUCGCAUCAACGUGACAGACGCCAAUGACAAUCCACCCGUGUUCAGCAAAAGGCCGUACGAGGACGACUUGCAGAGAAUUUGCCGGCGGGGUUCUAGUGCUGAACGGGUGCGGGCCACGGAUGCGGAUAUGGGCACCAACGGGCGCAUUACCUACCGCUUUGGGAAAAUGCCUGUCAAGGCACCUCAGUUGUUCGCUAUCGAUGCGGAGAGCGGGAAAGAUCACGCGAAGGGUCCCCUCGAUUUCGAGGAGAAGAAGAAAUACAUUUUGGCUGUGGAGGCGACGGACGGCGGGUCUGCUGAUCACUGCGAAGUGCAGAUCGACAUUCUGGACGAGAAUGACAACGCACCCGAGAUCACCAUUCUGUCACUGUCGAGCCCCGUGCCUGAGGACGCACCCGUGGGCACGGUGGUGGCCCUGCUGAACGUGAACGACCCGGACUCCGGCGAGAACGGUCAGGUGUCGUGCGAGCUGUCGGGAGAGGCGCCGCUGUCGAUCGUGGCGUCGUCGGGCGGCUCGUACAAGGUGGUGACAUCGGGCGCGCUGGACCGCGAGCAGGCGUCCGAGCAGCGCGUGACGGUGGUGGCCCGGGACCGGGGCAGGCCGGCGCUGUGGAGCAGCAGGGAGCUGGUGCUGGAGGUGUCGGACGUGAACGACAACGCGCCGGUGUUCGAGGAGGCGGCGUACAGCGCGUACGUGGCGGAGAACAACGCGGCGGGCGCGCUGGUGCUGCGCGUGCAGGCGCGGGACGCGGACGCGGGCGCCAACGGGCGCGUGAGCUACUGGCUGGCGGGCGGCAGCGCGGGCGCGGCGGGCGCGGCGCCGCUGGUGUCGGUGGAGGCGCGGAGCGGCGCGCUGUACGCGCAGCGCUUGGACUACGAGCAGUGCCGCGAGUUCACGGUGGCCGUGCGGGCGCAGGACGGCGGCUCGCCGGCGCGCAGCUCCACGGCCACGGUGCGCGUCUUCGUGCUGGACCGCAACGACAACGCGCCCAGGGUGCUCUGGCCCGCCGCGGCGGCAAGGGCGGCGGCGGGAGAGGCUGCGGGAGGGGCGGCGCCGCCUUUCGAGGUGGUGCCGCGCUCGGCCGAGGCCGGCUACCUGGUGGCCAAGGUGGUGGCGGUGGACGCGGACGCGGGGCGCAACGCGUGGCUGUCCUACGAGCUGGUGCAGGCGUCGGAGCCGGCGCUGUUCCGCGUGGGGCUGCACAGCGGCGAGGUGCGCACGGCGCGCGCCGUGGCCGAGCGGGACGCGGCCAAGCAGCGCCUGGUGGCCCUGGUGAAGGACCACGGGCAGCCGGCGCUCUCGGCCACGGCCACGCUGCACGUGCUGCUGGCCGACAGCUUGCGGGAGGCGCUGCCGGAGCUGAGCGAGCGCCCGGCGGCCGCCGAGGCGGCGGCGGCCGAGCUGCAGUUCUACCUGGUGCUGGCGCUGGCGCUGCUCUCGGCGCUCUUGGUGCUGAGCGUGGCGCUGGCCGUGCUGGCGCGGCUGCGCCGGGCCGGCCCGCCCGCCGUGCUGCGCUGCCUGGGCGCGCAGCGCUUCGCUGCCCGGCGCCGCCUUCCCGGCCGACUUCUGCGAGGGCACCUUGCCCUACUCCUACAACCUGUGCGUGCCGCCGCCGGCCCGCGCCCUGCCCGAGGCCGCUUGGCCGCCGCCGCCGCCGGUGCCCAUCCUGUCGGCGGAGGAGCUUCUGGGCGGCGAUUCCUGCGACAAGCCGAGCCUGAGCAGUACCGCCGUGACGGGAGAGCCGCCGGCCGAAUCCGACCGCUGGGCAGCGCUCGAUGCCUGCAGUGCCGGGAGGAGGCUGCGGGCGCCGCUGUUGACCGAGAGGAGCGAGAGGAAGCUCGGAGCCCUACCGGCAGCCCCGCCCGCUGCGACCGGUUCGAUCGGUUGUUCCCUUCGGAGGCGGGGAAUAGCUGGCCGCGGUGCGGUGCCGCAGCGGAGAUGUGCGCGGCGGGGAGGCGCUGGGGCCGGCGGCAGCGAGCUCUGCUCUGGGCCGUGCUGCUGGCGGCCUGGGAGGCGGCGUGGGGGCAGCUGCGCUACUCGGUGCCCGAGGAGAUGCCCAAGGGCUCCUUCGUGGGCGACGUGGCCAAGGACCUGGGACUGCAGCUGCCGGAGAUCCGAGAUCGCGGCGUUCGCAUUGUUACCGAAGGUCGGACGCAGUAUUUCGCUCUGCACGGGAAGACGGGACAUUUAGUGACGGCAGAGAGGAUCGACAGAGAGCAGCUGUGCGAGCGUGUGCAGCAAUGCGUGCUGCGCUGUGAGCUGAUAGUGGAGGGGGAAAUGAAGUUUUAUGGAAUAGAAGUGGAAAUCACGGAUAUUAACGACAACGCGCCCAGCUUCAAGGAAAUUGAGCUGGAAGAGAGAAUAAGUGAGACAACAGCCCCAGGGUCGCGAUUUCCCCUGGCUGAGGCUCACGACCCGGACUCGGGCCGGAAUUCCCUGCAGAGCUACGAGCUGAGCGGUGACGAGCACUUCUCGCUGGCCGUGCAGGCGGGCCCCGGCGGCGAUCAGCGUCCCGAGCUGGUGCUGGCGAAGGCGCUGGACCGGGAGGAGGCGGCGUUUCACGAGCUGCUGCUGAGGGCGAGCGACGGCGGCGAUCCGGCACGGACGGGCACGGCUCGGAUCCGCGUGACCGUGCUGGACGCGAACGACAACGCGCCCGUGUUCAGCCAGGCGGAGUACACGGUGCGUGUGCCCGAGGACGUGCCCGUGGGCUCUGUCCUCGUCACCGUCACGGCCACUGACGCCGACGAGGGGCUGUACGGACACGUGAAAUACUCGUUUAAGAAAAUCACAGAGAAAGCCUCGAAGAUAUUCUACUUGGACACUGAGACUGGAGCGAUCACGCUACUGCGGAGCCUGGACUUCGAAGAAGGCGACUCCUACGAACUGGACGUUCAGGCACGGGACGGCGGUGGCCUUUCCGACACGACAAAAGUCACGAUCACUGUGACAGACAUAAACGAUAAUGCACCCGAGAUUUCGGUGAGGUCAGCGCUCAGCGAGAUUUCUGAGGAUGCCCCUUCGGGGACGACGGUCGCCCUGCUGCACGUCCAGGAUCGGGACUCGGGGGCAAAUGGCGAAGUGCGCUGGUCGCUCGAUAGGGACGUCCCGUUCCGGCUGCAGAGCUCUCACGGCAGCUACUAUAGCGUGGUGACAGCGAGAGAGCUGGACCGGGAGCAGGUGUCGGAGUACAACGUGACGGUGCGGGCGGCCGACGGCGGGUCGCCGGCGCUGCAGAGCAGCGCGGUGCUGGCGCUGCGGGUGCUGGACGUGAACGACAACGCGCCGCUGUUCUUGGAGGAGCGCUACAGCGCGCGGCUGGCGGAGAACAACGCGGCGGGCGCGCUGGUGCUGACGGUGCGCGCCACGGACGCGGACUGGGGGCAGAACGCGCGCGUGCGCUACCGGCUGGCGGAGGGGCGGGUGCGGGGCGCGCCGCUGUCGUCGUACGUGUCGGUGCAGGCGGAGACGGGCGCGCUGUACGCGCUGCGCUCCUUGGACUACGAGCAGCUGCGCGAGCUGCAGCUGUGCGUGCUGGCCGAGGACGGCGGCGCGCCGGCGCUGAGCAGCAACGUGUCCGUGCGGCUGCUGAUCGUGGACGAGAACGACAACGCGCCGCAGGUGCUGUACCCGCCGCCGGCCGCAGCGGCGGGCUCGGGCUCUGCGGCCUGGUCGGGCGUGGAGCUGGCGCCGCGGCGCUCGGAGGCCGGCGCGCUGGUGGCCAAGGUGGUGGCGGUGGACGCGGACGCGGGCCAGAACGCCUGGCUGUCCUACGAGCUGGCCAAGGCCACGGAGCCGGGGCUCUUCCGCGUCGGGCUGCACAGCGGCGAGGUGCGCACGGCGCGCUCGCCGCUGGCCCGCGACGCGGCGCGCCACAGCCUGCUGGUGCUGGUGCGGGACCACGGGCGGCCGGCGCUCUCGGCCACGGCCACGCUGAGCGUGCUGCUGGCCGACAGCGUGGCCGAGCUGCUGGCCGAGCUGGCCAGCGCGCCCGACGACCAGGCGGCGGCGCCGGGCCAGCCGGCCGCCAGCCUGACGCGCUGGCUCGUGCUGGCCGUGGCCGCCGUCUCGUGCCUCUUCCUGGCCUUCCUGCUGCUGCUGCUGGCGCUGCGCCUGCGCCGCUGCCACCGCCAGCACCUGCUGCCGCCCGACAGCGGCGCCUUGCGCGGCGUGCCCGUCUCGCACUUCGUGGGCAUCGACGGCGUGCGCGCCUUCCUGCACUCCUACUCGCACGACGUGUCGCUCACGGCCGACUCGCGCAAGAGCCACCUGCGCUUCUCGGCCGCCAGCUGCUGCGACACCCUCCCGGCCCGGCCGCCGCCCGACGAGCCCGCGCCGCUGCUCGGGGAAGACGACCCAACCGGCGCCCUCCCCGCGAAUCCCGCCCCUCCUUCGCAAGCUCAGCCCAACACAGACUGGCGCUUCUCUCAGACCCAGAGACCUGGAACAAGUGGCUCCCAGAAUGGAGAGGAAGCUGGAGCCUGGCCCAACAACCAGUUUGACACAGAGAUGCUCCAAGCCAUGAUCCUGGCUUCAGCCAAUGAAGCUGCUGACGGUAACUCGACCCUGGGCGGCGGCAAUGGCACCAUGGGGCUGAGCGCCCGCUACGGCCCGCAGUUCACCCUGCAGCACGUCCCCGACUACCGGCAGAACGUGUACAUCCCGGGCAGCAACGCCACGCUCACCAACGCCGCCGGCAAGCGCGACGCCAAGAACGCCGCCCCCGCCGCGGGCAACAAGAAGAAAUCCGGGAAGAAGGAGAAGAAGUAGUGAAGAAGAAAAAGGAGACCUUAGAGCUACAGGGCAGCCGGCUCCAGCACUCCCCCAAAACCACAGCCCAGGCCGGAGGACGAAUGUGAAUUUUGGUUUUUUUUGUGGUGCAAAAGUAGGAAAUGCUGCGAAUGUAUCUCGUCAUCAUCAGGGCUGAGAGCAGGGGCUCGCUGCUCUCAGGUCUCAUGAUGAAAACCAAUCCGGAAUCCAAACCCAACACAAACAAGUGCCCUGUGAAUAAUGUUUUAUACAAUCCCUCGGGUAUUAGAAUAUGCAAGGGCGGAAGGUCUUUUGCCAUGUCUUUGGAUCCAAUUUGCUCCCAGGUAGUCCAAGAAAGGCACAAGGCUUGUGCUCGGCUUUGCCCAGUGUAAAUAAUUUUAAUGUGGAUCUUUUAAUUUAUAGCCCUUCAGCUAUUUUUUGGAAAGGAAAAGGAAGUUCUUAGCUUAGAGCCCUCGCUCCAGUUCUUUGCUGUUAAAUUUUCCAUUCGUAAAAUUCACCCCCAGUCAACGAUAGCGAUGGAUUUUGGAAUUUGGAAGUUGGUAGGGAGUGCUUCAGUUCCUGCUUACCUGUCAUCUGAGAAAAAAUUUAAAAAAGUGUUUAUAUUGCAUGAGUCAAAGGGAAUAUGGCAAAGCUGCAUCCUAAGCAUUUUUAAUUUUUUUUUUAAGUGUAACCACUAAUGGCCUGAAAUAUGAUAAAGAAAAAGCCCUCCAGCUGUGUGAGAGUCAGGGAAUUCCAUGAGGAGCAUGCUGAGGUGUGCGGCAGCUGCCCCGGCGGUUCUAGGGGUCUCCGAAGAGCAGACACAUCUCAAACCUUCUUUGCAGUAAAUAUUUAUAUGUACAGUCGAUGUUCUUAUGGAAUUAAGGCUAAGAGAGCCUCGCUCCCCGCGGCCAGGCCUGGCCAGGUCCCUGCCCAGGGGACACGGGGACGAGGUUUCACUGUCUGCACACGGUGUCUGCAUGCACGUCCCUCUCCUCACACCUGCACUAGCGCCGUAGCUCCACGGACCCGCACAGUCCUCGCAUGCCCACGUGGUGUGAACGCGCCGGCAGCCGCCCGGGCUGCCCUGGGGAAGGGGUGGGAUGGGGUGGGAUGGCUCAGGCGGGCUGGGGAAACUCAAUAUUGCUUCUAGUUCGGGCCCCAAAGGCUCUUUGGGGUGGUCGGGCGGUUCUUGGGGGUCUCGCCCAAUGGGUGGGAUCCGCGGAGCUGCCGGUGCAUGGCUUUGGUGCAGAGUUGGUGGCUGAGUAAGUGAUGGUUGUUUUGGUGGUGUUUGGGGACCAGAUCUAGACAAGGGACCCAAGAGCAGGGGGUGAUGCUGCAAAACGGGGGGCAGUGACUGGGGGAGUGGCACACGGGGCCGUGCGGGGCCAGCCCAGAGGAGGAGGUGAUGCUCCCGCUGGCUUUGGGCUUCGUAUCCUGCAAGGAGAAUGGAAGGAUGAGGAUCAGAGUUUCUCCAUGUGCCCAUCACCAAAGCACCAGGCCAGCUUCCCAUAGCAAAGCAGCUCUGAGCCCCCAGAGAGGCAGAUGGGGGCUUUGUGUAGCCAGAGCCAGGGGAGGAGCUGUGGGGUGGCCGGGAAGGGGCCACACCGAGUUUCCCAGGGGGGUUUGUGUUGUUUUUUUUUCCUUUUUUAAUCACUAACACGUAACUCACCCAAGCAGAUCCAACCCUUUCAGCCAGGCUCUCCCCACCCCUGCCCCCUUCCCAAGCAGGGCAGCAGGAGCAUCCUCCGUGUUCCAUCCAGAUCCAGCCACCUCCGGCGCUGGCUGCACUGGGAGCGGUUCCCACCCUGUCCCCUGCAGCUGCCACCUGCCCCCCUUCUAGAAAUGCUGUAGCUGAAUCGUAGUCUUUAUAUUUUCUUUUUAAUCUGCAAUCUGAGGUAGCGUAGUGAGUGUCGUGUAUUUAGUGGCGUGUUAUUUUUAAUUGCAGUAACUAACUUGUGGACAUCAGUAUUUUCAAUUUUCUCUGUAUCUUCUUUCCGUGUGGUCUGUGCUCCGAGUGUGCGUGAAAUGAAACACGUUUGCCCUUUCAAUGUGUCUAAUAUUGAAUUAUACUUAUAUAUUAUAUAUAUGCUUAUAUCCUUCUUAUACCCAUAUAGACCAACGUCGAUGUGUUACACGCAAGUUUUAUACUCUAAUAUUUAUAUUGCUUUUUUUCUUUGGGAAAAAAAAAUAAUAAAAUGGUUUCUUCUGAA